CAACGAUGUCAAAAACUACUACGAUGCCAACAACUGCAACGAUGCCAACAACUACAACGAUGUCAACAACUUCAACGAUGCCAACAACAGCAACGAUGCCAACAACUACAACGAUGUCAACAACUACAACGAUGCCAACAACUACAACGAUGUCAACAACUAAAACGAUGCCAACAACUACAACAAUGCCAGCAACUACUACGAUGCCAACAACUACAGCGAUGCCAAUAGCUACCCCGAUGCAAUCAACUACUACGAUGCCAACAACUACACGGAUGCCCACAACUAAAACGAUGCCAACAACUACCAGGAUGCCAACAACCACAACGAUACCCACAACUAAAUCGAUGCCCACAACUAAAAUUAUGCCAAUAACUACAACUAUGCCAACAACUACAACGAUGCCAACAACUACAACGAUGCCCACAACUACAACGAUGCCCACAACUACAACGAUGCCAACAACUACCAGGAUGCCAACAAUCACAACGAUACCCACAACUAAAUCGAUACCAACAACUACAACGACGCCGACAACUGCAACGAUGCCAACAACUACAACGAUGCCAACAACCACAACGAUACCCACAACUAAAUCGAUGCCCAUAACUACAAUUAUGCCAAUAACUACAACUAUGCCAACAACUACAACGAUGCCAACAACUGCAACGAUGCCAACAACUACAAUUAUGCCAAUAACUACAACUAUGCCAACAACUACAACUAUGCCAACAACUACUACGAUGCCAACAACUACUACGAUGCCAACAACUACAACUAUGCCCACAACUACAACGAUGCCCACAACUUCAACGAUGCCAACAACUACCAGGAUGCCAACAAUCACAACGAUACCCACAACUAAAUCGAUACCAACAACUACAACAACGCCGACAACUGCAACGAUGCCAACAACUACAACAAUGCCAACAACUACUACGAUGCCAAAAACUACAACUAUGCCCACAACUACAACGAUGCCAACAACUACCAGGAUGCCAACAACCACAACGAUACCCACAACUAAAUCGAUGCCCACAACUACAAUUAUGCCAAUAACUACAACUAUGCCAACAACUACAACGAUGCCAACAACUGCAACGAUGCCAACAACUACAAUUAUGCCAAUAACUACAACUAUGCCAACAACUACAACUAUGCCAACAACUACUACGAUGCCAACAACUACUACGAUGCCAACAACUACAACUAUGCCCACAACUACAACGAUGCCCACAACUACAACGAUGCCAACAACUACCAGGAUGCCAACAAUCACAACGAUACCCACAACUAAAUCGAUACCAACAACUACAACGACGCCGACAACUGCAACGAUGCCAACAACUACAGCGAUGCCAACAACCACAACGAUACCCACAACUAAAUCGAUACCAACAACUACAACGACGCCGACAACUGCAACGAUGCCAACAACUACAACGAUGCCAACAACUACUACGAUGCCAACAAUCACAACGAUACCCACAACUCAAUCGAUACCAACAACUACAACGACGCCAACAACUGCAACGAUGCCAACAACUACAACGAUGUCAAAAACUACUACGAUGCCAACAACUGCAACGAUGCCAACAACUACAACGAUGUCAACAACUACAACGAUGCCAACAACUACAACAAUGCCAGCAACUACUACGAUGCCAAUAACUGCAACGAUGCCAACAACUACAACGAUGUCAACAACUACAACGAUGCCAACAACUACAACAAUGCCAGCAACUACUACGAUGCCAACAACUACAACGAUGCCAAUAGCUACCCCGAUGCCAUCAACUACUACGAUUCCAACAACUACACGGAUGCCCACAACUACGACGGUGUCCACAACUACAUCGAUGCCAACAACUACAACAACUGUCGAAUCCUCGACAACUCUUACAAAUGGACUGUCUUCUUCUGUAACUAUGAAUACAGCUCAAAAUAUGACAUCGAUGGCAACCUCUGGUACGACAAAUCAAACAGGUCUGGAACCUGCAGAAACCGGAGGAUCAGAAGCUGCAACGUUUCUGGAACAAAGCUACACGCCACCAGAAGAUUUUAAGACAUUUUCAAUUAAACAUCCACUGCCAUAA